CCUUGUGAAAUGAAGACAAGUAUUUGUGUAUAUAAGCUUAGCAGGGAAAGAACGAUUUUAUUUAUCUCAAUCGUGUCCAACAUGACAACAUCAACAGAGGAAGCUAUGAACACACCUAACAGUGCAUAUCCUGACUUGGAAAAACGUUUGGAGACGUACAUGCGAAGAAUUUUCUAUCUCAAAGAAAUUGCAACCAGCAAUGAAUAUAAUUCGUCGGAAGUGGAAUAUUUCGGUGUACUUAGUUUAACCGAUGUUCGAUCCCCUCGGCGAAAGCUGUGGUACAUGUAUUAUGCGAAAUCGGAUCAGUUGGAUAUAACUGUUGAUCGAAUCCACCGCAAAUAUGGCCAAAAGAACAUGUAUGAAUUGUUUAGAAAGCCAGUAUUUUCAGGGGCAGGAAUGCGAUCUCGGGUUAAGAACCACUUCGGAGGUCUAAAAUGGUAUGUCAAGGGAAAUAUUUUGGAAGCCCCUGCCGAUAGCACCUUCAACGAUGAGAAGGUGGUCAACACUAUCGCAGAUUUGUACCAGGCCGAGAGGCGCAAAUACUACGAUUGCCUAAUAGCUGCGAACAAUAUGUUUAUAAGAUAUUCUUCCUACGCAAAAUUAAAUGUAUAAAAGAAGCAAUCCUUCUUUUUAUUAUAAGAAACCCUUCUAAAAAGCUUUAAAUACGAGACUGCGAAUAAAUGCUAACCAGUA